UCCCCCUGGAAACAUCCCAGAAUUAUUGAGGAAAAUGUCCAUUCGAUUUCCUGAAUUAAAUUAAUCUAAUUAGAAAUACCUUUCGUGACACCUUCUGCUCGACAGAAUGCAAAACAUUUUCCUGUCUCGAGUUGAAUAUAACGCACAGGGGAUCGAAUUCAGUCUUGAUAUAGCACAGUAAUUCGAACUUGACACUGAAAUGCAAAUUGAUUAUUUAGUGGAGUUCGAUCUCCAUAACAACGUAAACAUCGCCGGACGAAUGUCUAAAUUGAAGAGGUAAAUUCCGGAGAAGAAUUGAAAAAUUAAGAGAAAUGUCCCAGCACUGGCAUGGACACUGGACUGACGAUACCUUCAAGCCCAGGAGACUGUGCAACUGGCAGGUGCCAAACUGGCAUCCCAAAUGGCCUGCCAGGCACUGUAGGAUUACGAAGGUUCAGGUUGACGAUUCUGGGAGGUUCUUGCCAGGCGUUAGAAGGCCUCAGUCUUCUCCAUGGGGAAAUUUUAAGGGAACAUGGGAUUUGCCUUUGAAGAUCACCAGGCAGACAGCAACCGAACUAUCAUCACCACCAAAAUACCAAUUCGAUAAAUGGGAGGCACAUUUGAGGAAGAAUCGAGUAGAUUGCGAAAGGCCAAGAGGAACGAAGGGUAAAACUCACCCCCUGAGACGAUAGAGAUGAACGUUUGCUCGGUCGUGUUCCUUCAUCGCUGGACUCCAUGGGUAGACCUCGUUGCUCGUCGAUUUCCACCAGAUUAAGACCUGUGGAAUCAAUGCGUCAAAAAAUAUCUAUCAAAGGACUAUGCAUGACUUUAACUUGGUCUUACUAAAUCGCCAGUUCGAUUAACUCGAAUUUUCUUUUCAAUUCUCCUUCCACUGGGUCCAGACAGCUCCACAAUUACUAGUUUAGGCUCCAACUUGCUAAUCUUCUCGAAACCCUGUCUCUUAGAC